UGUCCCCCACGCCCCUCUGGAUUUGCCGGCUUCGGGUUCCCGCCAUACUACACCAAGGGGGGACGAAGGUGCAGUUUGAGCAAUGUGUGACCGGGGUGGAGCAGGUUGUUUCUUUUCAAAAAAGGAGGGACGGGAGACGACGCCAGAGAUGGCCACAAGCCCCCGGCGCCAGGUAUCACAGGUUCCUGGUACAAGCUCUUCAGGUGUGAGGCCAAAGGAACCACCAGCUAUGGUAGUGCAAGGAGACUUCCGGAAGGUGAGUGGGAUCUCAACAGAGAUCUUCCGACAGAUUGAGACAGUUGAGAAUGACCAUGAUGCAACCACAGCAGCAGCACUGGAAGCAGUGGAGAGGCGUGGAGAAAUGGUGGUGCGUCUGCUGGAUCCCAGGCACAUGGGACGUGCUGCAUCUGAAGCUGCCAAGCGCUUCCUUGCAAUGCAGGAUGCAAAGCACUUUGUGCAUCUGGUGGAGAUAGUGAAGAGACCAGGUCAGACUCUUGGUCUAUACAUCAGAGAAGGGAAUGGACUUGACCGGUCAGAUGGCGUGUUCAUCUCGCGCAUUGCUCUUGAGUCAGCUGUCUACAACAGUGGCUGUCUGAAGGUGGGGGAUGAGAUCCUGGCUGUCAACAUGGUUGAUGUGACAAGAAUGAGCCUAGAUGACGUGGUUAUCAUCAUGUCUAUACCAAGGCGAUUGGUGCUCGUCACCAGGCAGAGGAAAGCUGGAAAGGGCGGAAUAAUGUCACCUCAUCUGCAGCCUCGUUCAGAACAUAAACCUCCUCCAGUUGUGGUCAUCAAAAAGGAACUGAGAGAAGAGGAUGAGUUGGAUGAUAUGGAAGAAACAGGGUCUCGGAGGCGAGGGGGAGAUGGCAGAGAGAUGGUAUCUACUUCAAGGUCACGUCUAGGAUUAGGCUUAACUGGUCUGGGCUCAGAUCAGGACUUGGGCCUUGACAGCAAUGGAGAGACAACAGCUAAUGGGCUAGGCUUGGCUGACUUGUACUAUAACUCCAGACCAGAACAUGCUAGUGAUAGAAGUGCUGCAGCAACAUGGUCAUAUCAGCCACCACCUCCCCCAGUCAUUACAGAGCAGCCAAAACCCUCAUCUACACCUCAGCACUUCCAGCCAUAUGAAAGAGGUUAUCCAAAAACACUAGAGUCAUUAGCAGAAAAGGUGCAUGCAUUCUAUUCAGGUCCUCCCCCUCCACCCGGAACAACUUCCAUCACAUCAACAAGACGUAUGUCAGCUGGUCCACAGCCUAGCCCAAGCUCUCUGCGGCUUCAGCAGCAUCCACAGUCACACUAUUAUGUUCAUACAGGCACAAGGAGAGUUUCUGGACGAGUUAUGCCUCGUUCUGGUAGUGAUCAACACCUGCCUCGGGUAGAAUAUGAUUAUGCCACAGGAACUGGUCUUGGCACUCGGCAAACGUCACACACUAUGCUGAGAUCCAGUCUCAAAUCUGCUGGUGGUUCCUCAUAUGCAUCGAGGUAUAGAACAUCAGAUAUCACAUCCCAACAGAGGCAGCAGCCAUUUUCCACUGGAACACUUACAAGAAGGCACCGCCCCUCACUUGACUACGCAUCUGAUACAGAAGCAACCUGCACGUCCUCGCCACGUUCCUCGUAUUACUACUACAGGCAAGGUCUCACAAUGCAACCCCCACGGACAUCCACACUGUCACGGCCACAUAUAGGGGUGGCAGGUGCAGGCACAUCAGCUGCCAUGACAGCUGGUCUUCGUUCCAACUCUUUGCCGAGAGAUCAUCGAGGCCGAAGUCAUCAUGCACAGCCAGGGCAGACACCAAGACACCACAUGGUCAGGUUUGAACGGGAAAGCAGAGGAAGUGGUGCACCUGGAUUGUUGGACCAAGAGGAUAGCGACGGUGCAGUCUCUGCUCCUGAACUUCCCGUGACCAGAAGAGAAAGAGGCCGCAUCCCAUCAUCACCCAGUGUGUUCACUGCUGAUGAGUACCGAGCUUGGCUCCAGCGCACACCGUCCACCAGUGCCAUAUAUGAGCGGAUUCGAACCAGUCGUGAUAUUCUGCAAUCUCAGGCAGCACGCAGGUUUACAUAUAGUGCGGAGAAUCUGCUUGACCGAUCUAGGGAGUUACGAUUUCAAGAUUUGGUAUCUUCUAAAGAUGCGAAAGGAAAGGAGCACCCCUAUUAUUCAUACCGCCCACGCCUGACAAGUACCUUGGACAGGCACCAGUACUCAUCAUCCCGUUCCGCAGUCCCCUCUGCUAGUCUGAGUGGCAGUACCGCUACAAGCCGCGCCUCUUCCAUGCGUCGCUUACGCCACCAACAGGAACUGGAAUCCAGACAUAUACCUAAUCCUUCCCCCACACGGACACAAGAUCCUCGCUCUAGAUUGCUGGAUAUCAAUCCUGCAGAAUUCCUCAAAUACAAGACGGAUAAACCAUCUAGUGCUCUUGGAGCAUUGGGUGGUGACUCUGUUGUGGCUUCAGAGCCUGGAGUAAGUGGCUUGUUGUGGGUACAUUUACUAGCAGGUAGAGGAUUGCGUUCUACUACAUCUUCCUCAGCAGCCACAACACCUUCCACGCCUUCGGGACCACCAAUUGGAGGCUCCAGUAGCACAGGGCUGAGAGAUCUUUACUGUGUGUUGGAGUGUGAUAGAGUGCACAAAGCAAGAACAGUAGUAAGGACAGGAGACUUGGUGUUUGACUGGGAUGAAACAUUUGAAUUGGACCUGGUUGAUAACAGAGAGCUAGACUUGCUCAUAUACUCAUGGGACCCACAGUACAGGCAUAAGCUCUGUUACAAAGGCUCAGUUCACUUAGCUUCUCUUCUUCGAGAGUCACCUAUCCAUCAGCUGGCACUAAAGAUUGAACCACGAGGUACAUUAUAUCUACGAUUGAGGCACACAGAUCCUAAUAUAACCUUCCAGAGACGUGGCAUAAAAGGACACCACCUGAUAGGCCGUCCUGGAAGCAAAUCUUUAUCAGGAGCGACAGCUCUGUUUGGAGCUGACCUGGAAACAGUUGUAACAAGAGAGAGUCUUACAGGCGGUGUACCUGGAGGUGUGGCUACAAGCGUCACCUUGGCCACACAAGCCCCAUCUGCUGUUCCCAUAAUUAUUCGAAGAUGUGUAGAAGAGGUAGAAAGGAGAGGACUUGACAUUAUAGGUUUGUAUCGAUUAUGUGGUUCAGCAACUAAGAAGAGGAUACUGCGGGAAGCAUUUGAACGAAAUGCCCGCACAGUAGAUCUUUCGCCAGACAAUGUUCCAGAUAUUAAUGUUAUCACAGGUGUGUUGAAGGACUACCUCCGUGAGCUUCCCGAGCCACUCUUCACCAAGUGUCUAUACCAAAUGAUGGUUGAUGCCCUCAGUGUCUGCUUGCCAGAUGAUCCAGAAGGAAAUGCCAAGUUGAUGUUUUCAAUAUUAGACUGUCUACCAAAAGUUAACAGACACACAUUAAUAUUCUUGAUGGACCAUCUAGCAUUAGUUGUAUCACAGUCAGAGCGCAACAAGAUGUCCCCGCAAAACCUCGCCAUUUGUUUUGGUCCAGUCCUGAUGUUGCAGAGUGAGGAAGGAAAGGAUUUAGACUUUGGUCAGCCUAUUAGUGUGCUCAAAUACCUGCUGGAGAUCUGGCCUACCAAGUCAGUUCGGGAGGUCUUCUCUCCUUCACUUCACCUGUCAGCAGCCUCUCAGCCAUCUCACCUUCCAUCCUUGCCAGUGAGCAAACCGCUCCCACCAUCGGUGUCAGCCUCUUCGACAGUGGGAGGUGUUCCCUGGCAACUCGGACAUGGAGCAAGGGGUUCCCCAGUCUCCAGGGGCAGGAAAUCAGCAGCCGCAUCUCCAGCAGGAUCUCAACAGCAGGUGGUAGUGGUAUCAUCACCCGACUCACCAACAAGUGAAGAAUCUUCACCAUCUCCCUCUCCAGAAACUGAGGAAGUUAAGAAGCCUCUUGUAAAAUCAACAACUGCAGUUACAGUGGGACUGACUCUGCAGCAACAUACAGCUACCCUGAGAAAGUCUAUUGGAGGCCAGCAGAAACCUCUGCCAUCAACAACAAGUGCAGGCAAUGGCAUGCUACAGGGAGCAAAUGGUUUGCUGUCAUCAGCAGCGACAGAACUUGUCCAUAACGGGACAGCAGAUGACUUACAGCAGCAGAUUCAAACACCAACAUCAUCAACCACAACAGAGGAUUCACGAAAAGAAGCAACAGCAAGGGAAGCUGAUGGUGAAGCUAGUGAUGAAGAGAAAGAAGAGGAUGGAGAAGAUGAUGAAGAUGAAGAAGACAGAAGAAGGAUGGGCAUGGAUGAUGAUGUCCAGACCACCAGCAAUGAUGAAGAGGAAGAAUGAAAGCUAUGACAACUCUUUCAUAAAACUACCAACAUAACAACCAGCAAAAUCUACAGCCACUACCAAGAAUUUGUCUUGGAUUACAUAUUGUCCAGAAAAAAUGAGCAGUAAGACAUUUCUGGUUGAAGUGAGGUUGCAGCAUAGUGAUAUACUUGAGGUAUCAUAUGAAGAUAGAAGAUCACCAAAUCAGUGCACAAAAUACCUCAUCCUGUAACUCUUGUAAUAUAACUUGUUUAGUUUAUUGAUCAAUUAAGAUGAAAAAUGAUUGUUUGAUGUGCAAACGAAACUGUAAGGAAAAUUAAGAUGUGUGGUACGUCCGGUACAUAAGAACAAAUUUUGAAGACAUUUCAUAUAUUAGAAAUAUGCUUUUUAUUAUGUGUAUCUGCAAUGUAAUAGCUUAAGUGAUUAGAUGGUCUUUGUUGCUAGUGGAAAACUUCUAAUUAAAUAUUUAAAAAUAAAAGGGUUGUUACCCUUCAGCUAACAAAUUGCUAUAGUUGAAGUCAUUUUUCAACAAAGGAAAUUCAUUGGGCUUAUUGAUAGAAGGAAGUGCCUUGGGUUGGACAACUUUGGUUGGGAUUUGUAGCUUGAUACGGAAAUGGAAGACAGGCAGUAGCUACCUAUAAAGAACUGGUUGUUAAAGCAUAUGGCAUAAAUUGUUAAAUACUACUGUAGGCAAUAAUGUUAUGGAAAAUACCUGCAAUGUCAUAGCACAUUGUAGAGAAUUUGUUGAUAUCCAUAGCAUAAAGCACAAAUGUAAGCUUAACAUGAAGGCAUUCAGUGCGUGCAGUUUAAGGCAGUCAGCACUAUAUGGUCAGUGACAAAACCUAUAUGGGAAAGAGUAUCAGAGCCUCUUGCAGACAAUCUGUACCCCAGAAGUAUUAUGUACAUACUUUGUAAGUUUCAGAGGCUUUAGCUGUGUUGAAAAGUUACAAAAAGAAUUAAUGUAAACUGUUGUGGUGGUACACUUGCAGAUUGUUGAAAAGUUAGAGGAAUAGCGUGUUGCUGUGAAGCAUAUCUGUGACGUGUGAUCUAAACAUAAUGCAGGCUGAAAUACAUUAAGUAAGAAUUCAUUCUAAGCAAUAAAACAUUACAUCAUUGUGAAUAGUGGACAAAGUGGGAAAAGUGAUGGAAGAUAAUCCUAUGGAGAGUGUCAAAAUGCUUAAAGGUUACUGCUGUGUAACGAUAGAGUUGUGAGACAGUAAAAUAUCCAGAUGCUUGGGAUGAAACAACUAGGAAUUUCUGGUCAUGUAGGUUACCUUUCUGAAUGCAUACUUCUUGAUAGACAGUACUUACAAAAUUGUAUUGUCAUGAAAAAGGUUUUCAUUCUAUAUUAAACUGUAAUGUUAUUAUAUGAUUCAUUUACUCCAAAGAACUAUGCAUAUUGGGAAGCUGUAAUCUCUUAUGGAUUUCAUGGCACAAUAGGCUUUGGCUGAGUAUAUAGAAAAAUGUAAGCAUAUCUUAAUUUUUGGUUAGCAGAAGAUUAUACUGGAAUAUAGGCACACCAAUACCUACCAUUUCAUAUUGCAAAUACAAUGCAAAAUAUUAACCUCUGGUCUUUACUCAUACACCAUAAAUGAGCCAUAAUGAACUACUGUAAGGUAAUACUUGAUAGCUGAUAUGCAUUUUAAACUGCACAUUUUCCAGUUAUAUAUAAAGAUAUUAUUCUAAAAUCGUUUUCUUGAGUUUCUCAUGAGAAGUAAAGUUGUACCUGUGCUAAAUUAUCAUGCCACAAAGUCAGUGUAUAUGUCAAUGCAUUCUUAACUUCAGAAUUAGGUGGAAGUGAGUGACCAGCUUCACACUCCAGCCAUAUACAUAUGGAAAAAGAGUCACAGGUUCCCAUCAGAUACGAGGCUACUUGUGCCCCAGAACCAGUCCAGAAACUGUGAAGAAGAGAAAAAUUCUUACCCUUGCCUGAUUAUACUUUGCAAAGGACAUCUCAGUACCACUGUGUAAAACUGAAAUGUUAGUGUGUGUUCUGAAUGAAACACAACUGUCUGUGCAGUGCAGUGCUCUUACUGCUGAAUACAAUCAAGUUAAAGUUUCCAAAUAUUUUAUUGAUAGCAAUAAAGACAGUAAAAGGAAAAGUAAAGUCAGUGUGCUUAAGAACCACACAAUAUAAAAGAGUGGGGUGUAUCUCAUUGCAUUCUUAACCUCGGUAUUAGUUGCAGCUGAGUAGUCAGCUUCAUGCCCUGACUGCCUUAUCCCUUGAAAAAGAGUUCCUAGUAUCUAUUUGAUAGACUGGGUGGACUCUAGAGAUGAUCUGAACAUGGUGGCAAAGAGAAAAAUCCCUUCCUCUUACAAGAAUUGAACACUGGUCAUCCAUCCCACAGUGCAGUCACUAUAUUUACUGAGUUACCAUGGCUCUCAAAAGAAAGAGACUGACACUAAGAAAAUAUUCUUUUCUUACAAAAUAUAACUGAUUCUUGAAUAAUAUAAGCCAAAGAUUCAACAUUGCUAAUAUAAAAGAAUACUAUUGGACAAGAGUUCCAUCCACUUUCCACUUCCUUCUCUGUCUUCCAAGUAAUCAUUUACCAGAGACUUCCCCAUAGAUAUUCUGUUUUACCAUCUUUGCUAAAUACCCAAGCUGCCAUAGAUUUCUAGAUUUUACUAUCUUAUGAAUAUUAGGUAUUUUUUACACUUGCAGAAAUCAGUGAGUUUUCCAUUAUGCAAAAUUCUAGCAAAUCUUGUACUGUAUUUCCACAUCCUUUCCUUAUAGCUUUCUGAGGAAUUCAUGUCAUCAGUCUUUCAGUUUUAUCUCUUAACAUUUAAAUUAAAUUAACUAAAUUCAGUGAUUGUAAAAAAGUUGCUGCAGUGUGUCUUAUGCUUUAAGUAAAACAAGUGGGAAAGACUCUUAAACCAUAACUCCAUACACUAUGAAUUUACUAUCCAUGCCUAUGCAUGUCUAUGAGCUGCGAGACUGUAGUUGAAUAUAAGGCUGGUGUUCUGACUCUUAAGAAAGGACUAGGUAAUGCAGAUUAAAAAAUGUCCCUUUCAGUUCUCCUUUCAGCUACUUGUAUCUGUUGCACUUUUAAUACACCAUCUUAUGUGUCUUAUGUGUUUCAUAAAUGUGCUCUGGAAGUUGGAAACUUAAAAUAAAUUGAAAAUUCAAAAUUGUUUGUAAUAAAAUCAAAGUGUUUGUCAGUCAAUGGUUCUUUCUGCUCAUAGUUCAAUUUAUGCAUAUAUUUAUAUAUAUGUUACUUUAUAACUAUGGAUAAUUUGAGGAUAUUUUGUGUUAUUUCGUCUACAAUGAAAGAAAUAUUUCACCUUGAUAUUUGCAAACAUGUUAUGAUAGAUUCAUAAAGUCUGCAGCUAAUUUAAAUGCACUUAGAACUGUUAUAAUAUGAAGACCAUUCAGAAAGUAACCUCCAGUAAGCUGUUAACAAAACAAGCAAUAGGGAGAAAAAGAAUAUUAUGCACAACAGAUACAUACAUACAUACUUAAGCUACUUCUCAACAUAGUUACUGUCAGAACUGAGGCACUUAUCAUGUUGGGGAUUAAGUUUUUGUAUGCCUAUGUUAAAUAAGUCUGCAUCCUGUGAGCUUUGCCACAUUUUGACAUCUUCCAUGAGCUAUUAAUUAUUGUUUAAAUGAUGUGAUCACAACUAGUUUUUCAGGUUGGUACAAGUAAACAGGUGGUAGUCAAUGGGAGCAAGAUCAGGGCUGUAAGGAGAGUGGUCAAACAACUCACAGUUGAAAUGCUCCAGCAGUGGUUGAGUGCAUGUAGCUGUAUGCAGACACACAUUGUCAUAGAGCAGCACUACACUGGAUGUCAGCAUUCCAUGCCUUUUGUUCUGAAUGGCUCUAUGCAGUUUGUUUAGUGUUUCGCAAUACACCUCUGACUUUAUUGUGGUCCCUUGUUGCAUGAAUUCCACCAUCAUCACCCCUUUCCUGUUGCAGAAAACAGUUGCCAUCAGCUUUCUGGCAGACAAAUUUGUUUAAAUUUUUCAGCUUGUUUGGUGAAUGUGUGUGUAUCCACAGCUUUGACGGCUCCUUAGUUUCAAUAUUCACGAAUGAAACCAAGGUUUCAUCACCUGCUACUUGUAUGAUGUGACUGAGAAAUUCAUCACCAUCAUUGUGGUAUUGUUCUAAAGAAGUCAAAGAUGAUGCCAUUCUCUGCGUUUUGUACGCAACUGUGAGCAUUUUCUGGUCCCAUCUUGCACAAAACUUGUGAUAGCCUAGACUAACUGUGAUAAUCUCACAGAGAAUAGUACUUGAAAUUUGUGGAAAUUCACACAGAAGUUCUGAAAUUGUAAACUGCCUUCUUUGACCGAUUUUUGGUUAACACUUUGAAAAAGAUCAUCGCUCACUACAAAUGGUUGAAUGCUUCACUCUUCAUCAUUAACAUCUGUUCACUCAUCUUUUAACCUUCUAUGUCAUUGUCUUACAGUUCCUUGACUGAUCAAAUUUUGGCCAUAAACCACUCACAAUUCAUGAUUGAUUUACCCAGUUCUUAUUUUUUUAGCACGAAGAAAGCAGAUAAAAGCGCGAAUUUCGCAGCUGGCAGAAGUAUCAGUCACAGGACACAUCAUAACUCACUCUGCAGAGACAAGACCAAACACUAGGUUACCAGUUUACAAGGCAAUGAAUCAUAUGACGCUACCUCACGUGCAUGAGCUUACCCCACUCCUACAUUAGUUAACUAAAAUAAAUGGAGGUUACUUUCCAAAUAGCCCUCAUAAUAAAAUUUUCAGAGAAAUAAAACCAGACUAAUUUAUUUCAUGCCUACUGUGCAAAUGAGUCUAGUAAGAAGACUUUAUAAGUUUGCUCUGCAGAACUUAAGCAAAGAAGAGAAUAUGGUAACCAUACACUGUCAAUGACCUGAAAGUUGUUUCAUCUUCUAUUAUUAGAUUCGUGUUUAAAAAUGCUUUGUGUUUGGUGGGAAUUUGAAGAAGAUAGUGUGUAAAUUACCUGCUUACGUAGCCGGGUUCAUAUGCAACAUCACUGCCAUAAUUAAUAUAUCUUCAGUAUCAUCCAGGAAAAAUAGAAAACAAAAAUUAACAAACUAUGUCGAAUAUAACUUCCAACCUAGACCACAUGUUAAUAUUAACAGAAUCUUGUUAUUUCGAUGGUUCAGUGCAGAUCAUGUGACAGAAAGUCUCUGAAGUUGUCAAUCUGUUAUCCUCAUGUUAUUUUGGACUGGUUUCAUGAAUUGAUAUUUAACACUAUAGUCAUUAAAAAUGUACUUCCUAAUCAGGGAGAUAUUUCUUAUUCUAAAGAUGUUCUUUCUUUUCUGUAAGCUGUCAAUAGAGUUAUUGUUGUUUUAUACAGUAUACUGAUGUAACAUUGCUCUUGACUUUAUUAAUAUAAACUUACAGACCAUGUAUGCAUAUGUACACAAAUUUGGUACAGUUUUCAGUUCAAAUGAUAAUUUUCCCUAUAUACUGUUAGUAUUGUAUUUGAAAUCACAGUGGUGUUAUAACCAGAUAAUUAUUAUAUCACAAAGCACUUACACCAUAAAUAAUGUAAAGUGAUAGUGUGGCAUGUGAAGUUGAGCCAUUUAUACUAUUUUCAUUUAUAGCCUUUCCAGAAGAGGGGAAAACUUAGAUGAAUCCUAUUCCUAUACAAAAACUUCAAAAUAAUUAUGAUCCCAUUCCUGUGUGGCUGAGGUGAGGUAGAAAAGACCCAACAAGUAAAAAUCCCAUCCUUGCUAGGAUAAGUCAAGUUUUGACUGCAGUACACCUUUGUUCAUAUUAUGAGGUAUUGCAAUUGAUAUCUUAUAUGUUAUUUAUGAAUUUUACAUGUAGGAGAAUUUAGUUUGUGUAGUUUUUGUAAGUUGUGAUUAAGAGACAUAAUUGAGUGGUUAAUAUUUGGGAAACCUCAGGUUCAGAAAUUGACCCAGAGACCAGCCAUCCUAACUGGAGGCUUUUAUGGGUAGAACCUUAUAGUAGGUCAUGAGCACUUCCCUCAACAUUUAUCCAACUAAUCAUUCAUGAUUAUCUUACUAUCCAAUGCUAUAAGGAUUAUACACUUAAAACAAUACCAGUAAAUGACUGAGUGACCAAUCACAUUGCUCUGAAUAUAUUAAAUAUAUGUUCUGCAUAAAAAUACUAAAGGUAACCAGGCUGAAUGAUUUGGAUAAGGAAAGUGUAUGGCACUUACCAGGGAGGAUCAACAGAAAACUGAUGAAAACAUAAUGUCAAAUUUUCCAUUUAUUUUGCUGGAAAAUAUUUUCUAUUUCUCUUCAGAUGAUGUCUGCAUAUCACAUAUUUGUAGUGUAUUUCUUUUAGUGAUUUCUGACCUCCAUAAUUUAUAACUGAAGGGAUAUGUUUGUAUAUGUAUGAAGAAAUGUAAGCUAAGAUUGAAGGAAAGCAAAACACACCAGUAAAAUAUAAAAUUAAUCAGUAUGAUAAAUGUCAUCCUGGGCUACAUGUAGGACCUGUAAUUUCCAAAAGUUAUUACUCUAAUACUAGCAUACCACAUAAUAAACUAGGGUUUUGACCGGUGUAAAUUUAAUCAUAUAACUCUAUCCCACUAUUUGCCUCUCUGAUUUUCUUUUUCGUGAUAAAUCUGCAUGAAACAAAGUGCUGUAAGCUGAGAUAAAGCUGUCUUUGUGUCUAUACACCAUGCCAUAUAAGCAUAUUAUGUACAUUCUGGACCUCAGUACUUGCUGUCAAAAAUUAAACCUUGGUCAUCCAGUCACUUUACUGACUGCAUUACAUGAAAUAAUAUCUUUGUUUGGCUAAAGUAAGGUCCCCCUAGAGAACAGACAAACCAUACAUGAAUAUGCCUACAAUUAAGCUCUUUGAGAAGUUAAUUUCCAUGCUGCACAAGAUAUCAGUGUUUAAUGUCAUGGCUGUUAGUAGCUAUGUCCAAUCCACCGCCAAGCAUAAUGGUGUACUCGUAGCUGUGAUAGCCUAUGUCCAUUUUUUAAAUGUAUCCUGUUUGGAUCCCUUGGGAACCAACUAUUCUCUGUGAGAUUUAUCAUGGUUUUUAUCAAUCAAUUUUGGCAAAUUCUAGGAUAAUACAAGUACUUUGAAAUAGGCCAUGACUGCCUUCUUCAAAAUUCUUAAUCACUAAUGCUUGCCAUUCAUCAUCAUAUUAUCAUCAUGUUCAGUGCUAUAUGACAUCUGUAAUUGAAACAAUAACUUCAGAUAAUAUAAAAACUAGACAGUGAAUUGAUUCACUCCACCUUCAUUCAGUUGCUAGAAUCAUAAUUAUUAGCAAUACAUUGAAAGUAAGGGUAUUUAUAUGUGCAUUUUGUUUCAAAGUAUAGAAAUCUGCUGUACAUUUGGAAUUAUCUUUUUCUUUAAUAUAACAGUAGCAGAGAAUGCUACACAGAGGUCACUAUCAUAACAAGAUAGAGUGUCCAUAAACUACCAUUAUAUCCAAUGCUUAUUUUUAUUGAAAAGUUCUACCUCAGCUUCUCAUAAUGAGAGAUUUAUCUAUGUAUUUGAUUAUUUGCAGAAGCUGCUGACAGAGUUUCUUAAUUCUGUGUCAAAGGCAAAGAUUAUUUAACACCAAUGUAUAACAUCUUUAAUUUCUUCCAUUAAAUACACUGAUAUGACUGUGUUUCCCAGAAUCAGUUUUCUAUUGGGUUAAAAUUGUUGCCCUGAUAUAUGAAUAAAAUGUGCAUUAACAUAUUGAAUAUCUUCUUCCAUUAUUCCUUGCAAUAAAUACGUGAUUUUGUAACAAGUUUACUUUGUGAAACUCCAUUUAUUUAUCAAUUAAUACGCACUCAGCAAUGCACCUAAUCCUUUUUAUAAAAACUUUUAUAUAUAUUUUCUUACAUUCUAAUAGUUCUCAAAUGUAAUUUUUUUCAUCUGUUCUAAAGACUGAAGAUAUCAAGGUGAUCUUGUACAGUGUGUUAAAAAAAAGAGUACAGCAGGCUUUAAGGGGAUAUAAUACUCACUUAUAUGAGCAAAGGAGUUCCAGUCAAACAGAAGUCCAGAAAUCAGUGUCAGCUGAGAUAUGGGGGGGUAGGUGUCUGGCCUGGCAUCUUAGGUGAUCAACUCUUAUGACCAGUUGUCUUGCCUACCAGAUUAAUAGGUACAGUGUACCAUCGAUUUUUGAAGAAUGAUAUACCAGUAUUCUUUAAAUAUUUUUCUCUUCAUCAGCAACAACACAUAUGGUUCAUUUAUGAUAUGGCACCACCUCAUUUUCUAUGCAUUAUCAGUCACUGAACUAGGCUUUCUGUGGACAGUGGAUAUGAUGUGGAGGCCCAGUAAACUGGCCUGCAUGAUCCCUUAACCUUAAUCCUCUUGAUUUUGGCUGUUGUGAGACCUAAAGACUUUUGUUUAUUCAGCACCCAUCAGUGACUUAAGGUAUUACAGUGAUGAGUAGAGCCUGCCUGUCAGGAGAUUGAAUGUAACCAGGAAUUUUUGGCAGAGUGAGUACCUCUGUGAGGUAAAGAGCUGAAAGUUGCAUUGAAAUAUAUGGGAACCACAAAGAGCAUCUACUGUAGAGAUCACUAUGAACGUAACCCAUACUUCAACAGACACUGGUUUCUGGACUGUUUUACUCAUUUAAAUUAGUACUAUACCCCUUAUAGCCUGUAAGCCUUUUACUUAUCACCCUAUAGUUCUGUGUUGGCAGUAUAUUUGGUAUUCUCUAUUUUUAUUGUGGUCUAUUUAGCAAUGUAGUGGGUAGCUCAGAAUAUAUAGUGUCAAAUCAUGAGUUGAUUAAUGAAUGAUGAAUUUGAAAGGAACUGGAAGGAAGUUGUCAUGGCCUAUUUCAAGAUAUCCUGGGAUUUGUCUGGAUGGACUGAGAAAAACCACGAAAACCUUAGCCAGGGUAGUUAGUGUUCUGACCGAGAUUCUAACGUGGUACCUCAUAAUUACAAGUCAGAAUUGAUACCAACUGAGGCAGCUUUCUCAAUAUGCUCAGUUACUCAUAGAAUAACACUGACAAUAAAAAAAACUGUCAGACAGAACAAGCAAGUCUGGAGAUCUGUCUGAAAUGCAUAUUUGGUAAAGAAUGGUUAGUUUAUGUUAAAUCUCAACUACACUUAACUGAAAUGGCAAACAAAUCAGUUUUUCCUACUAACAGAUUAUCAUUUUCAUUUUAUCAUUUUAUUAUCAUUCAGCAAUCCAUACAUACAGGUAUUAC